AUGGCGGACUCCACCACUACCAUGCUGAGCCCCUGCCCUGUUGCUGCAGCCAGAAGGUGUCACUCCAUCUAUAAGGGUUUCGCUCAGUGUCUGAUGGCACUGGGUGACAGUCUGACGGACAGCGCCCGCAAGGAUGAAGACACACACGAGAUACACACCAUCUGCAGGUCAUGGGAUGAGUUCCAUGACUGCGCCAACGUAGCAAUGGCCGGCUGUCCAGAAGAAGCGGCGGCUGUCUGGGAAUCUCUCCGCCAGGAAUCCAAGAAGAUGCAGUUCUCCGGAAACUUGUACGACAUGUGCUCCAACCGCAACAACCACCCGGUGGCUUCAGUCUCCCCGCACGGCUCACCCAAUCAGGAAGAGAUCAACCAGGAGUCUCUAAGAGGGCGCGCAGAUCAUCCGGCAGGCUGCUUCCACCUUCUCGCCCUACUGUCUCCUCUGCUGCUGCUGUUGCUUUGGAUAUAACUACCCUAAAGAAGUGGGACUAGUGUGAAUAGAUAUAAACUUUGUGUAUUUUUUUCUCCCACAAGUCCAUAGACUUUCCACUGUUUCUUUCCUCUGCUCUGCCAGGGGUUGAAUAUUUCUAACUGCAUGUUCAGAGGCCCGGCAGUCUUUUUGAUAAUGUAUCUUUAAACUGCCUGUGCCAUUUCAUGCAUAUUCUCUGCCUCUUAAUUAGUCUCUCUGUUGGACUCACACACACAAUUUAUACAGAGAUACACAACCACGGUGCAUACAGGCCU